UAUAUAAUAUAUCUUCUGUUACCCUGUUCUUUCAUCUACAAUAACCAAAUUCAUUCUAACAUUUUACUUGCUCUUCUCAUUUUUUAUCAGAGAACAAAUUCCCCAAUAAAAGGAGCUGAAUUUGAGCUUAAAGAUUAAAUCUUUAAACUAUGGACAGUUCUUGAACUUCAACAUAUUUCAGAAAACCAGUAAAAAUUCCAUCUUUAUUUAUUUCUGUUUUGAAUAAUAAACUGUAAGAACCCUAAAUUGGUUUGGGAAUUUUCAAUAAAUCUUCAACAAUUUGAAGUUUUAAUUGUUGGUUUGAUUUUGGGAUUUUUAUUUUAGUUGCUGUUUUGAUGAUUUUUUCACUGAUGAAGGGAUGAUUGAAGGGUUUCCUGUAUGAGGUUUGUUCAGAAAAAUGGAAAUGGGCCCAGUGAUGUCAAGGGGACAGCAGAGUUUAACCAACAUAUAGACGGCGAGAAAAGAGGAGGCAGGGGUGGGAUUGCAGGUGAAGGUCAGGGUUUAUCCGAGGAGGAUGAAUUGAGAAUUAUAGACGAUGGCGAGGAUGCAAACAGCAGGCGUUCUCUGAGUUCCGUUCAGCUUCCUGUGGAGACUGGCCAGCCUCAUGGACAAGUACAAUCCCAAUCACAAGUUUGUUGGGAUAGGUUUCUUCCUGUCGGAUCUCCUAAGGUUUUGCUUGUUGAAAGUGAUGACUCAACACGCCAUAUUGUUACUGCUUUGCUACGGAAUUGUAGCUAUGAAGUUGUGGCGGUGUCAAAUGGUAUUGGAGCGUGGAAAAUCUUAGAGGACUUGAACAAUCAGAUUGACCUAGUAUUGACAGAGGUAGUCAUGCCCGGACUAUCUGGUAUCGGUCUUUUGUCCAAGAUAAUGAGUCACAAAAGCUGCCAGAAUAUUCCUGUGAUUAUGAUGUCGGCUCAUGAUUCAAUGGGUAUAGUCUUGAAAUGCUUGUCCAAAGGCGCUGCUGACUUUCUACUAAAGCCUAUAAGAAAAAACGAACUUAAAUUUCUUUGGCAGCAUGUUUGGAGGAGGUGUCACAGUUCUAGUGGUAAUGGGAGCGAGAGCUGCGUACGGAAUGAAGAACCUACUGGAGUCAAGUGUGCUGAAGAGUUGGACAAUAACACUGACAGUAAUGAUGACAGCCUAAGUACCGGUUUACAAGCUCGAGAUGGAAGUGACAAUGGAAGUGGCACCCAGAAUUCGUGGACAAAAGGAGCGGCAGAAGUUGAGAACCCACAACGACCAUCUACUUGGGACCCAACAACUAAUCCUCCUAACAGAACUUGUGCUCAGGCCGUUUAUCAAAUGCCCAAGGCAUUUGCCAGCAGCUGGAUGCCUGGAGCCACUCCGGAUGAUCAACCUGACAAUGUUCCGAUGGGUAAAGACUUGGAGAUCGGAACACCUAACAAUGGGCCGAACCGAAAGGUGAACAUAGCAACUACCGCUGAGAAAAAAAAAGCGUCACAGAUAGACCUAAACCUGAAAUAUGAUGGUCAAAAUUUUGAAGACGAGGAUCAGGAGAUGAGAAAUGAUGAACCUAAUGGCGAAUGUAUCAAACAGGCUAUGAACUUACCUGUAGAAGCUGUCCGAAAUGAUGAAUUUCGUCGAGGAAACAUUGAUGCACCACCAAUACAUUCUGAAAUUUCUAAAAAUAAAGAUAAAUUAAAGCAGAAUAUCCUCAAGCAUUCACAGCUUUCAGCCUUCACCAGGUAUAAUACGGGCUCAUCUGGUCACCAGGGUCAAACUGGUAAUGUCGGCAGUUGCUCUCCGCUAAAUAAUGGUUCAGACGCCGGAAAGCAAUCCAAUUCGGAUCCUCUGAAUCAAAAUUCCAAUAGUAGCAGCAACAACAAUAACAGGGGCUCUACUGUUAAUCGGUCUAUCACAAAGCCUCCCAUGGUCAAUGAUAAGGCACAAAAUAAUAGUUCAUCUGUGUUUCAGUCGAUGCAGAGCAGUCAUUUGUCUAACGAUAAGGUCACCGCAACUUGUAAGCAUAGUACCGGACAAGUUAAUGUUAACCUGCUGCAAGAGAAUGAUACGAGCACCCAGCAGCACACGAUCCAACAUCACCAUCUCUAUCAUCAGCAUAAUGGACAGAAACAACAGAUGGUUCCUGCUCAAGAUGAAAUGUCGAAAAGCAAGGAUGGAACGGCACCUCCACAAUGUGGGUCCUCGAACACUUGUAGAGCGCCAGCUGAAGUGAAUGUCGCCAAUUGCAGUUUGAAUGGCAGUGCCAGCGGAAGUAAUCAUGGGAGCAAUAUCAUAAACGAAAGUAGUGCUGUGGUAAAUGUUGACACUACUAACAUGGUCACUGAUAGUGGCGUAGCUCCGAAAGAUGGUGUUGAUAAUGGCGGCAGUGGAAGUGGUAGCGGUAGCAGUGUUGGUGUAGACCAGUGUAGAUUGGCGCAGCGCGAAGCUGCCUUGAAUAAAUUCCGCCUCAAACGCAAGGAAAGAUGUUUUGACAAAAAGGUGCGAUACCAAAGCAGAAAGAAGUUAGCUGAUCAAAGACCUCGUGUGCGUGGGCAAUUCGUGCGUCAAGUACGAGAAAACAAAGGGAAGAAUGCUGAUAGCUAGCACAAAUCUUUCGACUAGCCGAUGCCCAGAUUAUUUAUGCCUAUUCUUCCCAGAAGUUAGAUUUCCUCAUAUGUAAAAGAUUUCCAUUUGCUAAAAUCUGAAUGUGUGCAUGAGGUGCUAAAAUACUGUCAAACCUCAUUUUUAUUCUGUUUGGUUUAGACUCUAGGAAGACAUGUUUCUUUUUUUUUUUUUUCAUUUCAUGGUUCUGAUUUUGAACUGUUUCAACGACCUUUUAACUUGGUAGCCUUCGGUUACCUAUGGAAAUAAGCUUUCUCCCUAAA